AUGGCAGAUCUUGACCUCGAUAUUGACCAGCCUGAUGAUAAUAUACAUGAUGUCAUCAAAGCAGCUGAAGUGGCCCAAAAAAGAAAAAUUAGUAACCAAAUCCCACACCUCAUUGACAAUAAGCGAAAGCACCUAGAGAAGGCUCUCUCAGCUGCGCAGCGAGAUAAGCUGUUACUAAACGAGGCAAAAGAGGAUUCUACAUUUCGCAAAAAUUUGGCAGAAGCAACACGGCAGUCGACAGAAUCUUUUGCAAUUACAUUAAAGGAUGUGAGCACUUCCAUCAUGAAUGUUGGAAAUGGAAUUUCUCGAUCUAUGGAAAUGAUGUCGCAAGCUAUUAUGGCUCAG